CAAUGUUAUCGUUAAGUGGCCAGCACUAACAUUCUGACAUGCGCAAUUUUUGCUAAUGACAAACUAAAAAAGCAAACACUAUUUUAUUAAAAGUAAAUAAAUAUCCAAAAUGUCGCGCCGUGCUAACUUUCUGGAUGCGAAUGACGCUUACCGCGAACAGAAUUUGCGGUUUGUACGGAACGAGCUUGAGGACAAUAUUAAUCAGUAUUUUGUUGGAGCGGGCGGCAAUGGUGGUGCUGAUGCUGACGCAGGUGCCAUGGUAGCUCCACCGCGCGACUCUAUUGUAGUGCAGCCCACUGCCGGCAGGAGAGACAGGAAUAUGGCCGACAUGCGUCUACGUCGUCAGUACUUUCUUAAUCUGGGAUUCGAUAAAAACCAGGCACAUGGCAUGGCCGUCGCUUCGAUGGACGUGCCCAACUUUGACUUGCACAAAAUGCAGCAGCAUCAGCAACAUCACCUGAAUGCUGAUCCACGCCAAAUCCGUAGCCUGCAGCUGAACGACAAUAUGCUGCGCGAAAUAGAAGAUAUGAUCGAGGAAUGUCAGCAGCGUAUCCGCGAACGCCCAUGCACGCCGCCGCCGCCAACUGAUAUCAAUUGGAGUGUUAGUCCCGAAGCUUCACCUCAGGCUAGACGACGCAUGCCAGUAUCACGUGGAACAAGUCCCGUUGACUUCAGACAAGAAAGGGACUUUCAACGUAAUGCCUCUGAUCAACGUCCGUCUGAUCGUAGAGCCAAUUUCCAGCCAGAUCGUUACGAGAACAUGCCGCAUCGUAAUAGGAACUCACCGCCGGAGUUUCAAAAUCGUAACCAGUAUUUUAAUGAUGAGCCACAGACAUAUAAUCGUAAUGAUAAUAUGCGUGCCGAGCAAAGAGAAAUGUACAAUGAUAAUUUUCAUUUAAGAAAUGAAGAAAUUAUGCAUUACAAUCAUAAUUAUAAUAAACGUGGUCAAAUGCAGCAAGAUUAUAAUCGCAAGGAAGCCCUUGCGGGUCCAGAGCGGGACUAUGAACAGCGCUCGCCAAAUUUCGAAAGAAAUAUGAAUUAUCGUAACAUGGAAACACAAAAUUUUAAUCACAAUCAAAACUUUCGUCAAAUUGAAUAUCAUAACAAUAGUAAUUCAAGAUUUGUUGGCAAUAAUCGUCAAACCAAUAAUGAAUUCGACUAUAACCGAGCAAAUGCUGAAUGCAGAGAUAUGCCUGCAAAUAAUAAUGCACAAUGUAUGCAUCGUAAUACGAAUUUUAAUAUUAAUAUCAGUCAUGAUAAUUUUGAAGAAAGUCGUAGAUAUGAUAACAACAAUUUUAACACACGUUGUGGAUCUGUCAAUGGAAACAAUGGCCGCAAUCUAAGGUUUGAAAACUAUGGGCCAGAUAAUGUUGCAUUCGACGAUCAACGUGCAAGCUCUGAGGAUCGCUUUAAUGAGCCGCGUGGUUUCAGAAUGAACCAAAGCAAUGUCAACAACUUACCAAACCGACAGUUUCAACGUACCAUCUGUUUAACUAACUUUGAUAAUUUUCCGGAGAAUCAUCAGUCUGGUUUUGUUAGCUUUGAAGAUGCGGAUUAUAAUGAGCGCCAAACAAUUGAUCGUCAGAAUUUUAUGCCACGAAAUAAUUCUGAGUCUGAGCAAUACCAGACAGCCAAUUACAUAAACAAUGGAGCUCAAGCAAACUGGCCAAAUAAUAAUGCCGAACAUAGCAGCGGCUCGAUCGAUCAAUCCAAUAGAGCCAAAGUUCGUAGUCGACUUGGUCCUUUUAGGAAAUUGGAGGACGUAGUCGGGCAGCGGCCUAUGAGCAACAAAGCAUAUACUAGCAUAGAUAUCACUGAUGAUGACGAUGUGCCCACAACUAGCAGAAGAAUGGAGUCAAUUGGCAAGCAGCCUAGCAAACAAAUUGGCAAAGCAAUUGGUAUCGGUCAGAAACGCGCUGCUGAGGAACCCAUUCAGGAAUUAACUAAAUCCCAAGCAAGGAAACGUAAAAUUGCAGAGAGGCGAGGUUUUUUUAUUGGCGGCCAGCGACUGCCCUAUCUGAGAGAUUAUAGCAUGACAUGGCCACAGCCGGAGCACAGAUCUUAUGCAGUUAGAUUUUUCAAACAGAAGCCAAACUAUAAUACAUCCAUAUUUGCUGAUGAGGCUCAGGAGGCUAAUGUAGUGUUUGAUGUAAGCGAUGAAGAUGGCUCAGAUGCCGAAUUCCCAGUGGAAAAUAAUAAGAGCCAAGCUCUACAAUUGGGCAAAAGGAAGAAAAGAAGUAUACGUGCCGAUAUUGAAAAAUCCUGGAUAACUGUCUACCGUGACAAGAAUUACAAGUGUUGGCACACAUGGUGGAGUGCCUUCAAGUGGUGUGAGGCCGAAAUAAAUAAAAAGCUAGAGACAUAUGGUCCAUUGAAUGUGGAACUUAAGUUUUUGCCCUUUUUUAAACAUAAACACAAAAACUUAACGAUAGGUGAGGUAUUAAGAUCGGCUCACUUUGCUCUGGAGGAAAAUACAUCCAGAUUUAUUACCAAUAUGAGAACAUUUUUUGUGCUGAUGAAUGAAACUUUUCUUGCUAAUCUCUCGCCGCACUCAAUGAAAAAAUUACAGAAUAUGAUACGCAAUACUGCGAACCACUUGUGGGUUUAUAAAAUGCGUAGCAUGCUCUAUUUAUGGUCGGAGUACUAUAACUGCGCCCAAACAAAUAAUCUUAGCGCUGUGCAGGCCAGAUGGAAAAAUCCUGUAUUCCAUUGGAUGGCCAGGCAAGCGUUUCAAGAGCUUAAGGCUAUAAGUGCCAUUGAAUGGCCUGAACACAAUGAACAGUAUAAUGAUAUUUAAAAAGCAAAGCAAACCAAACACUAUUCUUUUUUU